AUGACAGUUACCAUUCCAGCCACCGACCCUGCAAUCUACGCUUCUUAUGAAGCAAAAUGGGCUACGCUUCCUGACACUGCUGAAGCCUGGCUCGCUAGAGCAGGCGAGGUAGCUGAAGUUCUAGCUCAGGACGCAGCUCAGAGAGACCAAGAGAAUAAGUCACCGCGUGCUGAGAUCGCACUCCUGAAGCACUCUGGCUUGCUGAAGCUUCUGGGACCUAAAAAAUACGGAGGUGGAGAGCAGCCAUGGAGUGUCGGUUACCAGGCCAUCAGACAAGUCGCAAAGGCAGAUGGUUCCAUUGGCAUGCUACUCGGUUACCAUCUCUUGUGGUCCACCACCGCAAAUGUGGUUGGUACCCCGGAACAAAUCGAGCGUACUCACCAAUUGAUCAUCUCGAAUAACUACUUCGUCGGCGGUGCGGUCAAUCCCCGUGAUAGUGAUCUGAAAAUCACAUCAGAUGGCGACCACAUCGUUUUCAAUGGAGCCAAGCACUUCAACACUGGCGGUGUCGUGUCCGACUUGACCGUUCUAGAGGGUGUCCUAGAGGGCACUGAGGGACACAUCUUUGCACUCGUCGAGACCAGACAGCCUGGAAUACAGUUUGCUUAUAACUGGCAUAACAUCGGCUUGCGUCUGACAGAAUCCGGCGGAGUCAAAAUUGAGAAUAUCCGUGUACCAUGGAGUGACGCGCUGGGCUGGGAUGAAACCACUAAGCAGCCUCGUGAGGAUACGUUGCUGAUUCCGUUCGCCACUUUGCUUCUUCCAACUAUCCAACUGGUUUUCAGCAACUUCUACCUGGGCAUUGCGAUCGGGGCCUUAGAAUUCGCAUCCAAGUACACAACCAAUGGCACGCGCCCUUGGCCCUUUGGCGGAGACAACAAAGAGUCCGCAACGGAUGAGUUCUAUAUCUUAGAGCGAUACGGUAACUUCUUUGCGCACCUCCGUGCUACCGAGGCACUGGCCGAUCGUGCAGGCGAACAGAUCUCCGCACUAUAUACCCAUCAUGGAGCAAAUAGGUCUGCUCUGACUGCGGAGGAACGAGGUGAGGUGGCAGAAUGGGUUGCCAGUGUUAAGGUAGUCACCACGGACGUUGGACUUCGAGUCACGUCUGGUGUGUUUGAGGUUACUGGGGCCCGGGCGACCGCUUUGAAAGUGGGACUCGAUCGAUUUUGGAGAGAUAUUCGAACACAUACUCUUCAUGACCCGGUGGCGUACAAGAACCGAGAAUUGGGUCGGUUUGUGCUGUUGCAUGAGUACCCCGCACCGACUUGGUACACUUAG